AUGUCUUCACCGGCAGCGCAGUCAUCGAAAGAGCCUACAGCUCAGUCUGAGCUUCCGCCAACCGCCUCGAGCAGCUCGUCACAAAUUACAGAGAACAGAAGCCCUCACUCGAGCGGAAGUACUACCGCAGAAGACUUGUCCGCGUGGUCCAAGUUUUUCAACCGACAUGCACAGCUUGGGAGGAAUAGGAGACACAGAAAUGAAUCGGAUCACAAAGAGUCAAUGAGGAAGCUGCGCAGGCUGGUCCUAAACAGAGUACCUGACGACGAUGUGAGUGUUGGAUUCUGCCGCUAUGCAAGACGCGCUGCUUACGUUGCAUGCCGACCAUUGCCGAAGCUCCAUACGCCCUUCGGACCUUCGAGGCCACUGGUGUGGAAGCUCUUGCUCGGUGUGGACUGUUCUGCAACUCACUACCUGGACCUCGUAGCAAGAGGCCCCUCCCCUGCACAUGUCAAAAUCCGCAAUGAUACCUUCCGGACCCUGGCUACCGACCAGGGCUUCAAAGAGCGUGUCAGCGAGGAGAUGCUGAUCAGGCUGCUUGAAGCCUUCGUGUGGCGUAGUAUGGGUGAGGCGACCGGACAAAGGCAACGCGGGGGCAAUGACGGUUGUAGCUGACCUCACACACUUUGCCCUAUGAUGACAGACAUGUAUGAAGAUGACGCUGAAGCGUCGAUGGAAGAAGAUGCCCCGCUAUCGUUCUCCUACGUGCAAGGCAUGAAUGUUCUCGCAGCUCCGUUCCUCUACGUCUACUCCGCCCAGAGUGCCACUUUGACUUCAACGAGUCUAAGCGAUCCGGCUGCAAAAGGCAAGCAGAGAAAGAUCGGCAGCGAGAUGGAAGCCUUUUACUGCUUUGCUGCUUUCAUUGAGCGGUGUUGUCCGCUGUAUGUUCAGCCUACUCUCGUGGGUGUGCAUGCGGGCUUAGAGGUGAGACUUCGCGGUAUUGCGAUGCGUCAGAGCAAAAUGCUGACAGGCUUUGCGGUGUGACCAACUUUCAGCUCCUCGAUCGAUGCCUGAACAUUGCCGAUCCGAGUCUCUUUGCUCAUCUGCGCUCCAAGAAUCUGACGGCUGAGCUCUAUGCGUUUCCAUGUGAGUCAAGCAUGCCCAAACUCCCCAGGCACUGUGCACUAGGCCGACGGCGUGAAUGUAGCCCUUGACGUUACGCUGAACUGCGCACUUUCGCAGCUGUGUUGACGCUGUGCGCCUGCACAGCGCCCCUGAGCGAAGUGUUGCACCUCUGGGAUUUCCUUCUAGCUUUCGGCGUGCAUCUCAACAUCCUCUGUGUUGUCGCUCAGCUGUUGCUGAUGAGGGAUCAGCUCAUGGACAGUGCAAGUCCUAUGAAGCUACUCAGAAGCUUUCCGCCCAUCAAGGCCAGAGCUAUCAUCGGCAUCACCACCACUCUGGUCAGGGAUCUGCCCGAUGAAAUAUAUCAAGAAUUGGUGGCUCAUGUGAGUCACAGUCUUGAUCGAAGCGCUGUAAAGAGUCUGACGCGUCCGAGCACAUUCUCUUGCACAGACCGGUGCGAUGCUUUGA